AUGAGCGCCCCCACCGCGCGCGCGGCCGCGUCCUCGUUCGACGCGGACGGCCCCGAGGCGUUCCGCUCGGGCACGCUCAACCUCAAGAUGGACGCGAUAUCCGAGCACGUCUCCCUCGUCGGCGCGGAGACGCUCCUCCUCGAGAGCCUCGCGCGCGCGAAGCGAUCGUCCGCCGUCGUCUCUGACCCUCGGUACCGCCGAACGACGAUCAUGCGGGACGACGAGCCGCUGUUUCAGCCGCACGCGAAGGGCGACGGCGCCGCGCAGGUCCGAAGCCUGGGCGACGCCGCUCCCGGCGGGCGCGGCGUCGGCCGGAGGCUGGAGGGCGUCCACGCGAUGAAAGGGUCGAGAGAGGAGAGGCACUCGCUGACGACCGCGGCGUGGGACGAAGAGCGAGACUCCUUGUGCGAGGAGGCGAGAGAGAGAGUCGCGCGCGCGGUCGGCGCGUUCCGCGAGCGCAUGCAGCGCAGCGACGACGCGAUGGCGUCGAGGACGUCCGUGUACGACGACGACGACGCGCUCAUGCGCGUCGAGGAGGAUGAAGUUCGGAGCGUCUGGGACGAGAUCGCGAACGCGUCGAUACCGACGCGCUCGUCCUGGAUCGACGCUCUGGUGGCGGAGAUCGACGUCGCGGAAAAGGAGGUGAAAGAGAAACUCCGCGAGUCGAUGACGUACGUCAUCGACGCCCUCGUCGCGGUCGCGCACAAGACGCGAGGAGAGAUCGAACGCUACGCCGCGGAUGAGACGAGCGCGUUGAACAAACAGUCCAUCGAAGACCGACGCGGCGUCGCGGAGCUCGUGAAGCGCCUGCGCACGCGCGAGGUGGAGAUGGAGAAGCGGGAGUUUGCGCGAUGGGAGGAAGGGUUAGAGAAGUGGCGGCGCGUGCGCACGGAGCACUGCAUCGCGGAGUACGAGGCGCUCAUCGCGAGCGACGCGCUUCAAGACCCGCCCACGCGGAGAGAGCUCAUGGAGUCGCUCGCGACGCACCAGGCUGGCGCGCACGCAUCGCUCGUGGAGAACGUCGAACGCCUCGGGCGGAACCACCUCCCGCCCGGGACGCAGUACAUCGAGCGCUGGGAGCAAGGGUUCGAGGUGCGGCACGAGGACCAUGGGAAGGUUGUCGAUCACUUUUUGGAAAAGCUUCGCGCGGACGAAACGCGAAUCUCCGCGGAGGCGUCGCAAACGUUCGAGACGCUGCGCGCGGACGUGCAGCGCUACGCCGCGUACGACGAGGAGACGCAGUUUGCCAUGCUCGAGGAGCGCGCGAUGACGCCGGCGGUGAAGCGCGCGGAGGAGGCGCAAGCGUUUAUCGAUCGCGUGGAGACUUUCAUGCGAGAGCAAGCCGCGGAUUGGAAAGACAAGAGCGAGAAGCUCGUCGACUUCAUGCGGCGGGUGUCCAAAUACCGCGAGAAGCACUUCGCGAAGACGGAGAAGAUUCACGAGGACAACGUCGCGGAGCUCGCGACGCAGCGCGCCGCGUUCGAGGCGAGGGACGCGGAGUGCGAGAACGUCUUCAAAGAAAAAGUCGAGAGGAUGGCCACGGCGGCGACGGAGGAGGACCUCGACGAGAUGUUCAACGACGCGAACGGGACGCUGGACGACAUCGAGACGAACUAUCGCGACCUGCGCGCGAACGGGACCGCGACGGCGGAGAAGUACCCGAUCUCGCAGUCCGAGGAGUGGGCGGAUUAUCAGAGAAAACUGUGUCGGAUGUUGCGGCUGGUUCCCAACGUGCCGCCGAAGCGGAAGCGGGGGGAGGAGGAAAACGCGGAGGGCGAAGACGGUGAGGGAGCGGAGGAGGAAGGUGCCGAGGAAGGCGCCGAGCCCGAGCCCGAGCCCGAGCCCGAGCCCGAGCCCGAGCCCGAGGCUGAAGCCCCCGAGGCGACGGACGGCGAAGUGACGGAGGCCGCCGCCGCCGCCGCCGACGGCGAAGCGCCCGCCGUCGAAGAGGAACCAGAGUCCGAGGAAGAAGAAGAGUGGGACCAGUGGGUCAUCGACGAGACGGACGAGACGAAGGAGUGGAGCUACCACAAGACCGCGCGCGGGACGCUCUUCGCGGUGUGGACGGACGUGUACGAGGACGUGAUGUUCCCGCCGCCGCCGCCGCCGGAGCCGGAGCUAGACGAGGACGGCAACCCGAUCCCGCCGCCGGAAGAGCCGGAAGAGCCGGAAGAGCCGGAAGCGCCGGAAGAGCCGGAGUUGGACGAGAACGGCGAGCCGAUCCCGCCGCCGCCGCCGCCUCCGCCGCUGCCGUUCAUCGCGGAGCUCUCCAUCGCGGAAGACGCGGCGCGGCCGCUGCUCGAAGCCGCGAUGGAGGUGCUCCUCGACGAGGCGGAGGAGCACUUCGAGCGCGUGAUCGAGCACGCGAACGAUUUCGCGCUGAACGUGACGGAGGAACUUCGCGACGAGCUCGAGGCGAAUCUUCGACGGCACCGCCCGAGAGCGGGGCGUGUGGACGAGGACGAUCGCCACGCGCGGUCGCUGCAGCUCUUGGAGCAGCGUCGGCGAUUUGAACGGCACAUCGCGAGGUCCGCGGAGGCGGCGCAAAAGGCGCAGGAGAAGUUCCUCGCCGCGCUCGUGGACGCGGAGAACUCGCUCGGGGAGGAGAUCGCGAAGCUCGUCGCGUUCGAGACGGGCUUGGUGGACAUACUCUCCGUGGAAUCCGUGCACAUCUCCGAGCGCGAAGAGGAGAGGGAGCUCGUCCGCGUCCGGAAAAACAUCGCGAAGAUCAUCUACGACCUCACGAAGAAGGCUGCGUUCGACAUGGACGCGGUCGUCUCCGCGAACGAGCUAUUCAAGGACGACGUCCUCGUGUCCUUCGAAGACGGCGGUUUAUACGCGCAGGUCAGCAUCGACGGGUACGUCGAGCAGCUCGACGACGUCGACGCCGCCGCGGAGGGCCUGCACGAAGAAAAUUUGGAACGCGUCGGCGAGCUCAAGGAAAAGUUUGCGCAGAAGGACGACGAAGCGCACGCCGCGUUCGAAGAGUCCGUGCCGCAUCACGUCAAGGACCUCGCGCUCAUCGAGACCGUGGAGAAAAUUCGAAACAAGACGCGCAUUCUGCAGAGAGACUUACUCCUCGCCUCGGACGCGGAAGCCGCGGUGCUCGCGGCGGAGAUCGAACGCCUCGCCGAACUCGCGUCGGGCGCGAAGGGGGCGUACUCGAACGAGCCUGCGGGGACGUGCUCGGAGACGCUCAAGUGCCUCGCGCGGCUGCGCGAGAAACUCCUGCAGCGGUGCGAGUUCGUCGGCGUCCUCGCGGACGGCGUCGAAAUCGAGCAUCCGCCCGCGGAGAUCGAUCUCGAUCCGCCGCCGCCGCCGCCGCGGAAACCCGAGGGCGACGACGACGAAGACGCCGGCGAAGCCGCGCCGGCGCCGGAGGAGCCCGAGGCGGGGGACGCCGACGCGGAGGACGCCGACGCGGAGGACGCGGCGAUCGCGUUCGACCAGAAGACGCUCGCGCUGCGCAUGGAAGCGGUCGCGGCGAAGUUCCGCGCCGACGUCGCCGCCGCCGCGGACGCCUAUUUCGCCGACAAAGACGUCGAGCGCAUCACGCGCCCGGAGCGCAUCCCCGCGACGACGGCGGGAUUCGUCGAGCACCACGAGCCGUUCAUCGUCGAGCUCGAGGAAGUCACCGCCGCGCACGUGGAGACGCACGCGAGGGAGUUACGCGUGCAGGUCAUCAGCCUCGGCGACGACGUCGCCGCCGCGAUCGAGCUCGCGAUGGAGGACCUUCUGAAGGAUGGCAAGCGACGCGUCCGCCGCGCGAUGAAGAGCAAGGCGGCUGAGUUUUCAACCAUCGCGAAGAACCUCGUGGAGUUAAGAAAGGACCACGACCACCGACUGCGACCGAGCCUCGCCGCGGCGUCGCGAAGCGCGGAGCUCGAGGAGCUGUGCGUCGAAGAGAAGGACCGCGGGAAGCGGGCGAUCGCGAACAUGUCCGGGGAGUGGGCCGCGGUCGCGCGCGCGGUGUCGGCGGAAGCCGUCGCCUUUGGCGAGCGCGCGAAUCGCGCGACGCGAUUCGCGGCGACGCUGUUGAGCGGACUCGUCACGCCGCUCGACCUCCCCGCGGAGGGCGCGGGCGCGGACGCCGCCGUGGGGCUGCGGCGCAAGAACCUCAAAGAGCUGCGGCGGAUGCGCCUCGAGGGCGACGACGCGAGUUUCCCGGAGAUUGAAGGCGCGUCGGAGACGCGCGCGGCGAGCGGCCGCCCCGCGCAUAAAGAACGCGAGUGGCCCGGUUUGCCCGUCGCCGAGCUCGCGCUGAGCUCCAUGGGAUGGCUGCCGUGGAGGGAGGUCCACGUGGCGUCCGCGUCGACGGUCGCCGCGAGCACACACGGUGGGGGCGGCGCGUCCGCGGCGGGGUCCGCGGCGGAGGGCGACGCGGGAGACGCGGCGCCCGACGUCGACGACGCCGCCGUCUCCGCGGCGGCGGAGGAGGAGGAGGAGGAGACGAUCCCGGGCCCGCCGGCGUCGGUGUGGGCGCUGGACGUUCCGAGCGUGCACGUCGCGAUCCACGGCCGCGACCGCGCGUUCGACGGCGUCAAAGCCGAGGUGAGGGUGGCUCUGGACGAGCUCAAGAGGGAAAUCCAGACGCGGUUGGACGCGGAGCUGUUCUUCAAGGGGAAGUGGGCCGGGCUCGUGCGGCGCGCGAACGCGGGGGUGGAGUGA